AUGUACGCCCCCAAACUGACUGGAUUCACCGCCCGCAUCGCCUGUGCUCAAUGCCGAUUGGCCUUGCAUCGUCCUCCGAUCGGAGAGGGAUUGAAUCUUCCUCUUCGCAUAUCGCCAAUUGACAAUCGCAAGAGCUCUUCUUCAGUGCAUGCUGAUUAUUCUCUGCGUGUGCGAUGGGCGCAUUUCUCUAACCCGGUGUCUGUUCUCUUGGCCGACCCUGUUCUCUCCUUCUCUGUCCUCGAGUCCGAGCAACUACAACCCGACCUCCGCAACAAGCCACCCGGGUUGCGCUGGGUCAACGCGGCUCAACUCAGCGCUUCCUAG